GGACCAGCGAUUACUUAGUCAUUGAUUACCGUGUAAGCAGGCAUAGCUGUAAAGUAGGCAAGCAACCACUUACCUAGCUUUUCCUUCUCGGUUGCCAAUCAAGGAUUAAAAUGGCCACAUUCUACGCACCCAGACUUUUCCUUACGAGGCAGCUAGUUCGUUUCCGUUCCCACUUCUUGGCCAACUCGCCCAAUGCGUCGCUGGACAAGAGCAUUCUGCAGAGAUACAGCAACCUAGAGACGCCCACCAAUCGGGUGCAGGCCACUUACCUAUGGAUCGACUCCUCCGGCGAGAGAACUCGCUUGAAAGAUCGCAUUCUGGACAAGGUACCCAGUGGCGUGGAGGAUUUGCCGGAUUGGCAGUACGCCAUGUACAAUGUGCUGGAUGGUGAGAAUACGCUUAAACCACGUCGCAUCUACCGGGAUCCUUUUAAGCCGGGGAAGAAGGACAUGAUUGUCCUGUGUGAGACCUACAGUGCUGAUGGAAAGCCAUCGGCAACGAACAAAAGGGCUGCAUUUCAGGAGGCAGUUGACAGGAUUGGCGAUCACGAGGAUCCCUGGUUCGGUAUUGAACAGGAGUAUUUCUUAAUGGAUGUUCGAGGACGUCCCUUUGGCUGGCCGGCCAAUGGAUUUCCGGCUCCCCAAGGACCUUAUUACUGCGGCCUGGGAGCCAAUCGUGUUUUUGGGAGAGACCUAGUGGAAGCCCAUACUUUAGCCUGUUUGUAUGCAGGGAUCGAUUUCUCGGGCAGCAAUGCCGAGGUGAUGCCCUCGCAGUGGAAAUACCAGGUGGGUCCCAGCGGCGGACUGAAGGCCAGCGAUGAUUUGUGGGUGUCGCGCUACAUCCUGCAGCGCAUCGCCGAGGAGUACGGCCUGGUGGUGACCUUUGACCCCAAGAACGGAGCACACACGAAGUUCUCCACGAAGGCGAUGAGGGAAGAGGGCGGUAUUAGAACCAUCCAAGAGGCAAUAGAGAAGCUGAGCAGGCAGCAUGAGCGGCACAUCAAGGCCUACGAUCCCAAGGAGGGGGAGGACAACUCCAUUAUCGACAAGUUCUCAUGGGGAGUGGCCAACCGAGCGACGAGCGUGAGAGUGCCAAGUAACGUGGCGACGGCAGGCAAAGGAUAUCUCGAGGAUCGGCGGCCCAGGUCCAACUCCGAUCCCUACGCCGUUUGUGGAGCUCUCGUCCGCACCUGUCUGCUCAACGAGUAGGCGGUAAAUAAGCGAUAA